GUUUACUGUGCCCUUAAUUUUUCUUCUCCCUCUUCAACACCAUUCGUUCUCCAGUUUCUCUAUCUAACUAUCUACACACAGACAACGACGUCGUCUUUGUCAUGUUUAAAACUCUUGCGAGAUCCAUUCAAUCCUAAACACUGAAGAAAAAUAGAUAAAUAAAUAAAACCAUGGUUGCGGGUAAGGUAAGAGUAGCAAUGGGGUUUCAGAAGUCACCGGCGGCGGCGCAUACUACUCCUCCGCCGCAGAAGAAGCAGCCUCCUCCUCCGUCGCCGUCCACCGCGAAAUCCUCGUCUCACAAGUCCUCAUUCUCUCGCUCUUUCGGCGCUUACUUUCCGCGCUCUUCCGCGCAGGUUCAGCCUCGGCCACCGGACGUGGCGGAGCUGCUCCGCCUGGUGGAGGAGCUCCGGGAGAGCGAGUCGCGCUUGAAGACGGAGCUGCUGGAGCACAAGUUGCUGAAGGAGUCCAUCGCCAUUGUCCCCGUUCUGGAGAACGAGAUCACCGCGAGGGAAACCGAAAUCGAAAGGAGCAGAAGAAGAGCGGAAGAAGCGGAAUCAGAGAACGAGAGGUUGAGAAAGGAAUUGCAGGAACUGAAGGUGAAAGCAGAAGAAGAGAAAAAAGAGAACGAGAGAAAAAUCAAAGCGCUGGAAGAGGAAAUAGCAGAGUUGAAGAAAACGGCGUCGUUUAGUGGUAGCAGUAGCAGCAGCAACAGAACAGAGGCAUUGGAGAUUCACGAGCAAGAAGAAGCUACACAUAAGCUCGUGGAGGUAUCGUUUAGGUCGAAUCUGAUGAGGAGUUUGAAGAAAACAGCGUCAGAUCUCGGAAGCGGGAAUUUGAAAAAAGAGGUUUCGGAAAUUUCUGAAAGGCCACGUCACUCGCGGUGUAACUCGGAGGAACUCGUUGAUUGCUCUGACUCAGUUCUGUUUGGUUCUGUUGGGUCACGGGCGCCACGUGUUCCGAAUCCUCCGCCGAAGCCUACGUCUUCUUCUUCGCCGUCGUCACCGUCGAGCGUUUCCUCCGGCGAAACAGAGCGAAGGAUUCCGCCACCGCCACCUCCUCCGCCGAGGAAGCCUGCGUCGAAUGCGGCGGCGGCACCUCCUCCACCGCCGCCUCCGCCUCCGGCGAAGGCGGUAAGAGUGGCUCCGGCGAAGGUGCGGAGAGUGCCGGAGGUGGUGGAGUUUUACCACUCGCUGAUGCGGAGGGACUCGCAUUCGCGGCGAGACUCUGGCUCCGGCGCAGAGAUGCCGGCGACGGCGAACGCUCGUGACAUGAUCGGCGAGAUCGAGAACCGUUCGACUCACUUGUUGGCGAUAAAAACAGAUGUGGAAACACAAGGAGACUUUAUUAGAUACCUGAUCAAAGAGGUGGAGAGUGCAGCAUUCACGGACAUUGAAGAUGUGGUGCCUUUUGUCAAAUGGCUUGACGACGAACUCUCUUAUUUGGUGGAUGAAAGGGCAGUGCUGAAGCACUUCGAUUGGCCAGAGCAGAAGGCUGAUGCUUUGCGUGAAGCUGCGUUUGGUUAUUGUGAUUUGAAGAAGUUGGUAUCUGAGGCUUCGUCUUUCAGGGAUGAUCCUCGGCAGCUGUGUGGUCCAGCUCUUAAGAAGAUGCAGACUCUCUUAGAAAAAUUAGAACAUGGGAUUUACAAUAUCUCAAGAAUGAGAGAGUCGGCGACAAAGAGAUACAAAGUGUUCCAAAUUCCUGUGGAUUGGAUGCUUGACAGUGGCUAUGUCAGCCAGAUCAAGCUGGCAUCUGUAAAAUUGGCUAUGAAGUAUAUGAAGAGAGUCUCUGCUGAGCUUGAAACAGGUGGUGGUGGGCCUGAAGAAGAAGAGCUUAUUGUCCAAGGAGUUAGAUUCGCGUUCCGAGUACAUCAGUUUGCUGGAGGUUUUGAUGUGGAGACAAUGAGGGCGUUUCAAGAGUUGAGAGAUAAAGCGAGGUCAUGCCAUGUUCAAUGCCACAGCCAGCAACAGAAAUUCUUUUGCAGGUCUGCAACAUAUGAUGGAGCAAACUCAGCUUCAGAGAAUUAGUUGCGCCCUCCCCCCUCCCCAUUUUUCUGUAUUUUGUAAAUAGAAUGGGAAAUAGUAUUAGCCAUCCUUAAAGUGUAGAACACAUUCAUAAAUUCAUGAUUCAUGAUUCGAUGAUUCAUUACUGGAAAAACGCAAAUCGGGUUCCAUUCUAGCACAUGUUGCUGUUGCGAAUACUUGAAGGGGCAAAUCUGCUUCUCUAAUCAUAAAUUAGUUGCUGCUGGGAAACAAGAUAAGAUAGUAAUACAAAUUCUUUUCCAGCUUUGGUAAAUGUUGAUUCGAAUUACUUGAAAAA